AUGAAGAAGAUGAAAGGUGUUGCUGUUUCUACGAAUCCUUCUUCCGAGGCGUUUAUGGAUCAGAGAUCCAUGAUGAGACACCAGAGUCUCUUGCAGGACUAUGAAGAUUUGCAUAAGGAAACAGAAGCCAUGAGAAUGAAAUUGGAAGCCGUAAAGCAGAAAAAGUUGAUUCUAUCAGCUGAAGUCAGAUUCCUAAGGCAACGGUAUGCAUACUUACUAAAGCAUCCUCUUCCUAAGCCUCAACCAAAGCAAGAAGCUAUAAAGCCACAAAAGCUGAAAAUCAAAGAGCCAAAGAUCACAAAGGGAAGGAAUUACAAUAGAAAGGAAUCUAUUUUGCGACCUCAAACUGGUUCUAAAUCUAACUCAAAAGAAAGAGUUUUCAAUAGAGUUGUUGAAGAUACAAGGCAGAAAACUGGUCAUGUGUUUGAUUUAAACCAGAAUGGUGGCAGAAGCUUAAGUAAAAAAGAUGGUUCUUUUCAUAGCUCUUCUGUCCCUGUGCUUGACUUGAAUCACAAAGAGAGGGUUCUCAGUGGGAAAGAAGCCACAAAGAAGAGUGUAACUCCUUUUUUCGACUUGAACCAGAUUUCGAGAGAAGAGGAGGAAUUAGAGGGAAACAAUCAGCCAAUGUGGAUUGAAGAACAAAGAGGCGUGAAUGAGGAACAGCACAAUGAUAUCAAGCUUUCAGUUUGUAGAAACCUUGGAGAAGGAUCAAGUAGGGUAGGGAAAAGGAAGAUAACAUGGCAAGACCAAGUGGCAUUAAGGGUUUGA